ACGAGGCGCGCCUACUUGCGCUGCAACUUCUAGCCGGCCUUCCUGCUGCACGGCGCGCGGGCUGAGGCACGGCUUGGCGGGAACGUGAAAAGAGCGUGCGGAACCCCCGGUGUUGGCGGCGGCAUCGAGUGGGAGCCCGGGUCCGGCCGCAACACGCGGAACUGAGCUGAAGGUGGCGGGGCCGGGCGAAGCCGCGAUGAAACCCAGCAGCGAGGAGGAGGAGGAGGCGGUGCGGGGAGUGGGCCCCUGGGACGAGUGCUUCGAAGUGGCGGUGCAGUUGGCGUUGCGAGCGGGACAGAUCAUCAGGAAAGCCCUCGGUGAAGAAAAGCACGUCUCGACCAAAACCUCCGCUGCGGAUCUGGUGACAGAGACAGAUCACCGUGUCGAAGACUUGAUAGUUUCUGAGUUGCGAAAGCGGUUUCCUUCCCACAGCAGGUUCAUUGCAGAAGAGGCCACAGCCUCCGGGGCCAAGUGUGUGCUCACCCCCAGCCCAACCUGGAUCAUCGACCCCAUCGAUGGCACCUGCAACUUCGUGCACAGAUUCCCUACUGUGGCAGUCAGCAUCGGAUUUGCUGUUCACCAGGAGCUGGAAUUCGGAGUGAUUCACCACUGCACAGAGGAGCGGCUGUACACCGGCAGGAGGGGCCAGGGUGCCUUCUGCAAUGGCCAGCGGCUCCAGGUCUCCAGGGAGACAGAUCUCGCCAAGGCCUUGGUUCUGACAGAAAUUGGGCCCAAACGUGACCCCGAUACUCUGAAAGUUUUCCUGAGCAACAUGGAGCGGCUGCUGCACGCCAAGGCUCAUGGGGUCCGAGUGAUUGGAAGCUCCACCUUGGCGCUCUGCUACCUGGCCUCAGGAGCCGCUGAUGCCUACUAUCAGUUUGGCCUUCACUGCUGGGACCUGGCAGCUGCCACAGUCAUCAUCCGAGAAGCGGGUGGCAUUGUGAUAGACACCUCAGGUGGACCCCUUGACCUCAUGUCCUGCCGAGUCGUUGCUGCUGGCACCAGAGAGAUGGCGGCGCUCAUAGCUCAGGCCUUACAGACUAUUAACUAUGGACGGGACGAUGAGAAGUGAGGCUCAGAAGCUGGAACUCAGCAGCUCCCUGGGAAAGAGCUGUCUCCGUGGUGAGGGCUCCACGACAAACGUCUGCUGCAGCUCUCGACGGGACUCGGUGCUUAGCUGAUCUCUCUCUAAUCUCAUGUAGCCUUUUUCAGGUACAAGUUCGGAGCCAAACCCAGAUCUCUUGUGAGGUGUGCGUGAGUCACGCAGUCUUGAUUGUUUUUCCAGAACGUAAAUCUCAGGUAGUAAAGCUUUAGAACUUGCUCCCAGGUCCUCCCCUGCCUGUGGUAAUACAGAAUGCAAUAAAUCAGGAUUACAGAGUCCUGCUCUUUGUUCCCCUCCGGCCUCUGGUUCUCAGGCUUCCUGAAUCCCCACACUGUGCAGGCAAGUUACUGACGUCACCCCAACCAUGGCAACAAUGAAAACAUUUCCCCUAAAUAUCAGUCUCCUGAUCUACAGGCUGAAUUUAAUUGUGCAUAUAGAUCAUCUUUAGCCAUUUUUUUUAAUACUGCCUUUAGCGGACCUUCAGGGAGUAAGUGUGCUGUAUAAAAUUAAAAUGAUAUAUAAUAGAACCUAUAUUGAAGCCAACAUGUAUUGAAAGGGGAAAAAAAUGAGAAGCUGAAAAACAAUACUAAAAAUUUUUUUUCAUUUUGGUUUUUCAAGACAGGGUUUCUCUGUGUAGCUUUGGAGCCUAUGCUGGAAACUCCCUCUGUAGACCAGGCUGGCCUCAGACUCACAGAGUCCACCUGCCUUUGCCUCCUGAGUGCUGGGAUUAAAGGUGUGUACCACCACUGCCCAGCUCAAUAAUAAAAUACUUUGUGACAAAUAUUUUUUUAAUCUUUUAGGAGUUGCAACUUUUUAAACAAUGGGGUUUGGUUUUGGUUUUUUUGGGGCUUUUUUUUUUUUUUUGGUUUGGUUUGUUUUUUGGUGUGGGGGGUGGGUACUGGGAUAGGAUUCAGGCCCUCCUGCACUUUAGACAGGCUUCCUACCACUGAGCUACAUUGCAGCCCUAAGCACCAGAAUUCUGGUUCUAAGCUAAGCUAUGACUCUAGACUGUUGUGUGACUGUAGGCACAGCCCAGGUGUCUCUGAAAUAUCUGUAAAAAAAAAAAAAAGAAAAAGAAAAAAAAACCUCAGGGCAACCAAAACAAAAACCAAAAAAACUCAGGGCAUUUUUCUGUCUUGUGAGCCUGCCAGUUCCAAACAUGCCGUUCCGUAGCUGCCGUCAGGGGGAGAGAUGAUGCUUUCCUUUCAUGCUAGAAAAGACCUUGUUCUUUUCUAUCUGGUUGUUGUUGUUGUUGUUUUGUGAGACCUGGUUUUUCUGUGUUGCCCCGGCUGUCCUGGAACUCACUCUGUAGACCAGGCUGGCCUCAAACUCACAGGGAUCUUCCUGCCUCUGCCUCCCGAGUGCUGGGAUUAAAGUCACACGCAACCAUGCCCAACACCUUGUUCUUAAUUAGUGGGAAAUUAUUGUACUUCCCUUGUUUGACGCUAAAGUGAGCACUGUGCUUUUGUCAAGUUCUCUUUCUUUUUGAGGAGAUUGUUACACGGGGUUGCACGGGCAAAAAGCAAAGCUCUCCAUCCUUGGUCCUCCUGGGACAAUCUCCCUGGUCUUUUCUAGUUCAGGCUACUAAAUACUUCCAAACCCAGUUCAGCCAUUUUGAGAUGCCUUUUGGAAUUUCUUUGCUUUUUUCCAUCUGCAGAUGCUGCUUUGUUUAUCUGCGUGAUUGUUUCAUACAUGUUCGUUCUGGUAGCACACUUUUUCCAUAGGUGAAUUGUUUUGUUUUGUUUUGUUUCUUUGAGACAGGAUCUCAUGAAUCCCAGGCUGGCCCAGAACUUUCUACACAGCCAAGAAUGGCCUUGAACUCCUGAUCUCCAGCCUCCCACCUCCCCACUGCUGGGGUUACAGUCAUUUGCCACCAUGCCUGGCAAUAAGAUGUUUUCUGAUUACCCUGGCAGGCUCAGCUUUGUGCCAUUUCAUUUUCUCAGCAUAUACUCAGAACAGCACCUAGAACAUGUGCAGAUACACAGGACAUACCUCCCGACUCUUGACCGUGCAUUGUGAGAUGUAGUACUUAGUUAGGAAGAUCUCCUGGGCUGAAUGGUUAUGGGGUGAUCUUCAAAUAAGUAACUGCAGGAACAGCCGCUCCUCAGGUCUUCAGAGCACUUAAGCUGUGUCUGCAUCUCACUGACACUCAGUAACUGAGUCUAAACCAAUUCUGAGCUGACAUAAUCCUAUUGCUCCGAGAGAAACAGAGAGCUCUGGGGAACAGGGAAGCUGUGCUGGCUCACUUGCUUGUUUGCCCACUCACUUGCUCCUUAAGGGAUCCGUUAAGAAUGUAGCUGUCCAGAUUCUUCUGUGGUGCUCCAAGUCAAUAAAAUCCCCACCCACCCUC